GACAAUGCAUUUGUAUAAAUACUAGUGCACUGGCAUUACUCGACAGUAUAUAGAGCCUCCGCAGUCUCCUCCUAGUGAAACCUGCGGUUGCGGUGAGCAAUGACUGGAUGUUUUCUUCUUGCUUCACUGUUUUCCGUCGUCGCAGUUGCGACGUCGUCUCGUCGGUACUGGUACGAAACCGAACACUCGUGUAGUGACACCGUCUGUGGAGCUCGAAAGUGCACCGUCAAGCAGCGACUGUGUUCUACAAUGGCGUAUUUUCCUGAGGAACCGGAAUGUGAGAGCAUUUCAGAGCGACGAUACAAGGACUGUGCGAGUUUUCGCUGCGAGAACAACGGCACACUUUCAUGGCGGUCUAGACGGCGCAGCUCGCGGUCGGUACACUCGUGUGCGCGGCGACCUUUAUGCGCAUGCCCGCCCGGCUUUACCGGUCGUUGCUGUGAAACUCUGGUGAAGGACGGUAGCUGUCCGAUUUUGCCUAAAAUUGGCAGAUUCCCUUGCGUCCAGCAGUGCAGCAACGACUUGGAUUGCAAUGGUGACCACAAGUGCUGUGAACAGUAUUGCUCAAAGGUUUGUGUGGACGUCAAGCGUAAAGAUUCUUGCGCAGGCGUGGACUGUGGCCCGGGAAAGGACUGUAAAGUCGUCGCUUUUCCGUGUGUUGUUCCACCGUGUCCGGAGAGCUUCAAAUGUGUCUCUCGGGUUGGAAAGUCUGGUGUUUGUCCGAUCUUUCCUAACACGGUUACACCGUGUAAAUCGAAGUUUGGUUGUCGACGUGAUGAGCAAUGCUCUGGAGAUAAAAUCUGUUGCAAACGAGGUUGUGCUAGAGAGUGUGUAGACCCGCUAUCAGAGGAAACAACUGGUUGUGAUCGUGUCGUGUGUCUGCCUGGGACCAUGUGUCGUAAGACUGAUGCUGCUUGUCGAAUUGGCAAAGUUUGUAAGGGAAAGUACGAGUGUGUACUUGAAGUAGCUACCGGAUACAAUGACGAAGCUGUGACUUCUUCAACUUUGAGUUAUGAAACAUUUUCGACUUCCAGUAAUGAAAUUCCUUGGCUGGAACAGAAGAGUGACGAAACUCUGCAACCUGAACUGGAUGGGGUUGAUGAUACUACAGCACAUGAAGGCUUAUAUUAGGUGAUGAAGACUGGACUCCUAAGUACCCUGGCAUCCUUUUGGUUUGUUUGUUGUGAGUAUGCAUUUACGUUAAUCAUUAUCUCUAUUAAAAUGAUUGCUGUUGUUGAACGA